CGUGUUGCCCUCCGUGUCCUGCCCGUGUUGCCCUCCGUGCCCUGCCCGCGCUGCCCUCGCUCGCUCCCUGCCCACGUUGCCCGUACUGUCGGUGCUGCUCCCGCUGCCCGAGGCCGUCCCGCACUCAGGAUCGGGCCCUGGCUCCUCCUCCAGCCGCCCCGUGACGGUCCCAGGGGUGACACUACCUGCCCAACCUGCGCUGCGACACCCAGUCCCACCCCUUGAGUCAAGCGGCCGCGCUGUCGCCAGCUCGGCCUCUCUCGCCGCCGCUGUCCCGGACCCUCCGCUGCCCCGGACCCCCCUCGCUCCCCGGCAGAGAGGAACCUUCGGUCGCUCCGUGCCCUCCCUCGGCGCCUCCGGGAGCCCGGCCCGCCGUCUGCUCGAGGCUUGGCAGCGGGAAGGAGGAAACCCGGGCGGCCCUGCAGGGCAGGCGGCCGGGGCAACAUGGGCAGCGCCGAGGAGGACUAUAACUUUGUCUUCAAGGGUGAGUCCUGCGCUCUAUGUGACACCCCCUUCCCCAAAAGGAGGGGAGCAGAAAUCCAGGGGCUGCGGGGAGGGAAGAGGGUGCCCUUUCCCCAGGGCGGCUGUGUCCUGAGCUGGGGCGUUGUUGACAAUCCCUGCAGCUGUGAUGGGCACCGGGAGCUACGGAGGGUCAGGGGACUGGGGGAGCAGCACAGUCUGCUGAUGGCAGUGAGGCCAGCCAGGGCUGGUGAGCAGCAGCGAGGUCCACAGAGACCCGGGGAGAUCCACGCUCACCCCAAGGCUGAAGGUGUGCAGUGCCAGGCAAAUUGCUGUUAUGGGAUAAGGGGGCUGUGAAAGCUGGGGCUGAGUGUGAGACAAAUGCCACAAGAGCAUGUAACCCCCGAGAGCAGUGGGCAUUGAAAAGUCACUUUCUGCAGUGACCUGGGCAGUGGCACAUGCAGAGGACAUGGGGGUCAAAGCUGAGCUGGAGAAAUGGAGGCACAGCCUCACACCUCCCAUGCUGAGCUCCUUGGGCCCACCUGGUCUCUGCCAGGUACUAUUGGCUGGACUCUGCUGGGGCUCAGUGCUCCCUUUGGGCAAGUGGAGACAGACAGGCUGUGCUGUGCCACCUGUCCUGGGUGCCCACUGCAGCAGGGUGACCCAGGGCUCACCAACAUCCUUGUCCUGCUGCUGCCCAGAGGCCGGUAGCCAUGACCCCCUGACCAGCUCCGGGGUUGCACCAGCCCUAGGGAGCACAGCUGGGCUCCCACGGGGACCAUGUUUGCUGAAGGAGUGACCCCACCAGGGGUUAAACCCACACAGCUGCCCAGCCUCUGCCACCAGUCUGGGGUCACCGGACAGCGAGCGAUGCCCGUGCAACCAGUGGGAUUUCUCCUUCCUUCCACAGUUGUGCUGAUCGGGGAGUCUGGGGUGGGAAAAACAAACCUGCUCUCUCGUUUUACCCGCAACGAGUUCAACCACGACAGCCGCACCACCAUCGGCGUGGAGUUCUCCACGCGCACCAUCCUGGUGGGAGACGCCGCGGUGAAGGCUCAGAUCUGGGACACGGCUGGGCUGGAGCGCUACCGCGCCAUCACCUCCGCGUAUUACCGGGGGGCUGUGGGUGCCCUGGUCGUGUUUGAUAUCACCAAGCACCAGACGUACGAUGUGGUGGACCGCUGGCUGAAGGAGCUCUACGACCAUGCCGAGGCCAGCAUCGUUGUCAUGCUGGUGGGGAACAAGACUGACCUUGCACAGGCUCGAGAGGUGCCCAUGGAGGAGGCAAAAAUGUUUGCAGACAACAACGGGCUGCUGUUUGUUGAGACCUCUGCGCUGGACUCCACCAAUGUUGAGGAAGCAUUCGAGACCAUCCUGAAGGGUACAGGCACUGGUGCCGUGGUGCAGCAGAAAUCUUCUACAAAGUGCAGAAGCAGAAGCAGAGGAGCAGCCAAAGCAACACGGUGUCACUUGCAAGUGAGAACCCUGCAAGCACAGCCCCAGCACAGGCAGAGAGGCGCCCGUGCUGCGUGGCCCUCUGAGCACCCCAGGAAGUCCCCAGGGAACCCCACAACCCCGGGACACACCAGUGGCCACCAGCACAAGCUGGUGUCACCCUGCCUGCAGUGCCACCCCUGUCCUGGUGCAAUGGGGACCAGCAGCCUGGACAGGGGUCAAAUUCUGCCAUAAACAGUGAGAAGCACCAGUUCCAGGAGCUCUUCUCUCUCUUGCAUUUUUGCUGGGCCCUGAUUAGCAUCACCACUGUCACGCACCGUUUCAACCCUUCUGGACCUGCAGGGCAAAGUGACCAGGACACCCCCAAAGUACCUCUGGGGAAGAAGCCAGUAGGUUCUGGGCAGGAUCAUGCCAGCAACACGAGCCUCUCUGAUUACCUCUGGCCCUGGGGUUGCUCCUGUAGGGCCACCCUGUGCGGUGCACUGAGGAUGAGGCUGACCUACAGGUAUCUGUCCCACCCAGGGACUGCUCUAGGGUGUGAAGUGGCAGCACUCAGCCCUCGGCUGUCCCAGCAGGGCCCGGUGCCAUGGGGCAGGGAGCAGCUCUGUGUCCAGCACGGGCGUGAUGCAAUCAUUAAAGGACUUGUGAAAUGCAGAUUUACUGAGCUGGAAUUCCUGCGUGUUUGUGGUCAACGCCCUGGGUCCCCACCUUCAUAAUGUGCUGAAGAUCGUGGCUUCCAAAGCAGCCCAGCUGGAUGCCACGGCACCCCUGUGCCCCCUCCUACCUCGAUGCCAUGGCCCCCCAUGUACUACCUGCCACCUAAAGCCAUGCUCCCCUUGUACUACCUCCCACCUAA